AUGGCCAGCAACUUCUGCACCAUCCAUGCAUACUUCCAGGUGGUGGAUGAGGCAAAGGCCGUGCCCAUCAUGAAGGACUUCGUCGAGCGCACCAAGGCCGAGAAGGGUUGCCUGUGGUAUGCCUGGGAUCGAGCCGGAGACAAGUUCUUCUGCAACGAGGCCUACGCGGAUGCCCAGGCCGUGCUUACCCACAUGAAGAACCUGGAGAAGGCGGGCGAUUUCAACGGCGCCGCCAAGCUGACAAACAUCGAGUUUCACGGCCCCGCUGUCGAGCUCGAGAAGCUGCGCGACGCCGCCAAAGCCGUCAAUGCCAUGCUCUUCACCGAGGACCAGGGCGCGAGCUUCAUGCAUCCUUUGGCGCCAGGCGUGGAAGCUAGCACUGCCUCGCUCUGCACCAUGCAUGCCUACUACGACAUUACGGAUGAGGGCAAGGCAGAACCCGUGCUCACCAACCUGGCGGCAAAGACGAAAACGGAGAGGGGCUGCGUCUACUAUGGCUGGACCAAGGCAGGUGACACUCUCUUCUGUCGCGAGGGCUACUUGGACAGUGAUGCCGUGCUUGCGCACAUUCGCAAUCUUGCCACGUGCACCGGGCUCACAGGUUGCACGAAACUGCGGCGCCUGGAGCUCCAUGGCCCACCAGCCCAGCUUGAAAAGCUGCGAGACACCGCAGCACAGAUGGGAGCGCAGUGCUUUGAACGGCACUCGGGCUUCCAGCGUGUGGAGCUAGCCUCAGCAGUCAAAGCCCUGCCCACAGCUGGUCUCAGGCUUGGCGAGGCUGUGCUUCGCGAUUUCUGUUCCAUCCACGCAUACUACAAGGUGAUGAAUGAGGAUGCCCUGGGCGGCCUCUUGGCAAACUACGAGGCAAGGACAAAGGCUGAGGCAGGUUGCCUAUGGUAUGCCUGGGAUCGGGCGGGCGACCGGCUCUUCUGCAACGAAGCCUAUGCCAACGCUGAGGCUGUGCUUGCCCAUGUGCAGCACCUGGAAGCCGUUGGCUCCUUUGGCAGUGCCGCGAAACUCACAGACAUUGAGUUCCAUGGACCUGCAGCAGAGCUGGAGAAGGUCAUGGGCACGGCCAAGAAGCUUGGUGCCACGCUCUUCUCCUUGGAGUCUGAGGUGAACUUCAAGCUGGUGGACAUUCGCCCUGAGAGCAAGCCCGCCGACCUUUGCACCAUGCAUGCCUAUUUCAAUGUCCAGGAUGAGUCUGGCGUGAAGGGUGCGCUCACGGAGUUGGUGCAGAAGUCUCGAGCAGAGGAAUCCUGCAUCUACUACGGCUGGACCCAGGCUGGGGCGAAGCUCUUCUGCCGAGAGGGCUACACGAGCGCCGAUGGCAUCCUCGCUCACUUGGUGAACGUCUCCACCUGCGGCGGGCUGACGAAGUUCGCGAAGCCGUACCGCAUUGAGAUUCACGGGCCUAAGGCCGAGAUUGCACGCCUGCAGGACACAGCGGACAAGAUGGGCGCUGUUUGCUAUGCCAGGCAGUCCGGCUUCCAGCACUUUCAG